CGGAGUUUUAGACGAGCUCUCAGAGAAUUCCAAAAAAGUACGCUAUUUUAAGACUUGUGUAUGUACGUGGGUUAUUGAGCUCUUCCCUCAAUGGCUCGUCUUACUGCACGGGCUUUUAGCAUAUUAGAAGCACAUUUUUUCAUGGUAAACUCAAACGAUGGAAUUAAAAUAGAAGCAAAUAUUGACUACGAUAUGGAUACUGGAGAACCCUGAAUGCCUGCGAUCAGUGGCCGAUCGAUUUAACAUUACAAAAUCGAUUUUAUUUCGUGUUUAUCGCAGAAUUUGUGGAGGAUUGCCAACAAUCUUUCCGGUCAAUAUAUGAGCAACAGAAAAAAACAGGAACUAAAGAUGAAACCAGAUACCGAGUGGAUUGUUUUGACAGUCCUCUACGCCAUCACGAUGCUCGUAGCGUUUGCAGGGAAUGGCUUCCUCAUCUACAUCGUGUGGAAGAAACCUGAAGUCAGAUCACUGACAAGCUUUAUGUUCGUCAACAUGGCCAUCGCUGAUUUGCUUGUAACCCUGAUUGUGAUGCCCUGGUCGAUUUCCACAAUAUAUACAGACGGUUUGUGGAUGAUCCCGGGAGUAUUUGGAAAAGUCAUGUGCAAAGGUGUUGUAUACACUGCCUAUGUCACUAUAACAGCAUCCAUCCUCUGCCUGACGUUCAUGGCGAUCGACAGGUACUAUGCCAUCGUUCAUCCCCUCCGCCGCCAUCUUUGGUUUCGAAAGCCUAAACUAACCGUUCCAUUUAUUUGGAUCGGGUCACUGGUCUCCAUGUCCAUUUUCCUUGUUAUUCAAACCGUGGAGGACUACAAUAAUUCUUCCUAUUGCAUGCUAUCUGUUUACAUCUUGGGUGAUCCAGAUAGGGCUCUUCGAGGAAUAUACCUCCUCCUUUUCGUCGUCAACUAUCUCAUCCCCUUGGCCGUUAUUUCUUUCCUGUAUACCAUCACUGCAUGGAAUUUAUGGUUCCAUGUUGCACCUGGAGUGAAUACUUUGAGAGGAAAUCGAGCGCAACUAGAAACCUCCAAGAGAAGAGUGGUUCGGAUGCUCAUUAUUGUUACCUGUGCCUUUGCCCUUUGUUGGCUCCCACCACAAGUGGUCCACAUGAUGCAAAUCAUUCACGCAUCUAAGGCUUACCUACAUAUACAGCCGAUUGUCAGCUUUGUGUGUUUUUGGUUUGGACACGCUAACAGCGCCGUUAACCCAUGGCUGUACAUUUUUCUGAGCACCAAGAUAAAUACAGCAUUUACCAGGAUCGUCAGUAGAAAAAGCAGCCGGUUGCCUUCAAGUCUCAUCAUCAAAACAUCAGAUGCCGUCUUACCACCUGAAGAUGAAGCAAUCCAGAAAGAAUCAAGAAUAUAAUCUCUCUCAUAACAUGAAAAACGCAUGAAAACAUGAAACGCUUAAAACGAAUUUGCGUAUUUCUAAUUAUAUAAUAUAAUACAAACACCUAUAUACGGUUUCAUAAAAGUUACUGUAGUAA